AGUGAGGAUACAGUUGUAUCUGAAGAAACAAUUAUUCCUGAUCUCUCACCUGAAAUAGAACAUAGCCUAACAAAAUCUAAAUCUUUAACAAAACUUAAAGAAUCAAAGAUUCGAUACUCUGCAUCACUCUCUGCAAUCUCUUUAUCACAAGAUGAUACAUCUAAACAAAUGUCAAAAAAUGUAUCUGAUAUAUCUGAUAUCACUUCAAAUUCUGGUGUAUGUCAGAAGUCGAAGACUCAUAAAUCAUUGAAAGAUAAGGUGAUCAAUGAAUUCCUGGAAGAUGUGCAUAAGAAAAAGAUUAGUAAUAAGAUCAGGCAGAGAAAGCAUGAAGAAAAGUUUCAAGAUCCAAACCUAUCUUUAGUUAGCCAUAAGAAAAAAGGAACAGAUAAACUCUAG